AUUGAGAUUUGAUUCUGCAAAACCCUGCAUAGAUCGAAGAUAGGGGGAAAAAGGGGAGAAUCAUGGCGGAGCACUUGGCUUCUAUAUUUGGAACAGAGAAGGACAGAGUGAACUGCCCUUUCUACUUCAAGAUCGGAGCCUGUAGGCAUGGCGAUCGCUGCUCUAGGCUCCACACCAAGCCCAGCAUCAGCCCUACUCUUCUCCUCUCCAACAUGUACCAGCGCCCCGAUAUGCUCACUCCCGGCGUCGAUGCCUCCGCGCAAUCUCAGUCCCUCGACCCCCGCAAGAUCCAAGAUCACUUUGAAGAUUUCUAUCAGGAUCUUUUUGAGGAGCUCAGCAAAUACGGAGAUAUUGAGAGCUUGAAUAUCUGUGAUAAUCUCGCUGACCACAUGGUGGGUAAUGUCUAUGUUCAGUUCAGAGAAGAAGACCACGCAGCGAAUGCGCUUAACAAUCUCAAUGGGAGGUUUUAUGCAGGGCGCCCAAUCAUUGUCGACUUCUCUCCUGUUACGGAUUUCCGUGAAGCUACAUGUAGGCAGUAUGAGGAAAAUGUAUGCAAUCGAGGUGGCUACUGCAACUUCAUGCAUCUGAAAAAGAUUAGCAGGGAGUUAAGGAGGCGCUUAUUUGGAAGGAAUAGGAGAAGACGUAGCCGCAGUAGAAGCCAUAGUCCUAGUAGGCACCGUGGUUACGAUGAUCGCUCGCAUGGUGGCCGCGGUUUUGGUAGACGAGAUGAUAAUAGGGAUCAUCACCAUGAGAGGGGCAGGAGGCAUAGAAGCCGAAGUCCUGGACGCAGAGGAGGACGCAGCCGAAGUCCUGCAGGCAGGAGGAAUAGAAGUCCUCCUGUUAGAGAGAGCAGUGUUGAAAGAAGGGCUAAGAUUGAGCAGUGGAACAGGGAGAGAGAACAGACCACAUCUGGUAAUAGAGACAGCCAAAAUCCAAACAAUGACAAGAACAGCAAUGGUGAUGCAUGGAAUGGGGGUCUUGACGAUGAUCCUCAGCACCAGUAGGAGCUUUACCGAUACGUAUAUUGACCCCACUGGAAUCUUUGGGUGGAGUACAGGUUCACUGUCAUGUGUUAUGAAAGUGAAACUUACCUUUUCCCCUAUAACUGCUUAAUAGAUUAAAGAACUCAUAAUAAAAUGAAGGAAAAAGGUCUUGUAGGUUCAUAUCUGCCUUUCAUGCUGCAAGGUUUUUAUUUUUUAUUUUUUUUCUUUUGUGGGGGUGGUUGGGGACCUUUAAAUGAUAUUUUCCAUGCCUAAAAAUCUUCCAAAUCAUAUCUGUUUUUGUUAUUUGUUUUCUUUUGAAAUCCCAGGGGAGGUGUUUAUGUAUUCCUUUGAUGAUAUGGUCUUCUUUUUAACUCUUUGCAUUACCAUCUCCAACUAAAAGAACACUGGAGGAGGCUUUAUCUGCUCAGUUUACCUAUCUCGUUAUAAACAAUUGCUGGCUGGCAUGGGUAAUUAAUUUUUAUAGGGAUUGGCAUGGCUGCAUGCUGUUACAUAUCUUUUUCUGUCAAAAGUUACUUACAUGCUUUAUGAGUUUUGCAGGUUCAGGCUUUCCUGCUUCUCAGGAUCAGCCUCAAUCUUUUAUGGCAGCUUACCAUGAUAUUUGUAUACAGGUUGGCUGUUUAUCUGCAGAGCAUGUUUGCAGGACUCUAGUGUUGUGGAGAUUGAGGAAGCUCCUGGAUGUUCUGUGCAAUCAAGGAAACAGCUAACUUUGAUACGAGGGGGGGCAACAGCUGACACAGUCGCUUGCCAUUCCAAGAUCCAACUAUUGGUUUAGACAUUAAGUUUGUGGAAUAUGAGAAGCAACAUUUUUUCUCUUUCUUUUUCACUUGUCAGUUAAACAUCAUUAAGUUAUUUCGAGAUAUUGUCUUCAGUUUGACAGUGUGUGGUUGAGCUUUUCUGUUGUGACCAAUAGAAUACAUUGCUUGCUUAAUCUUCAA